CUCCUCCCUAUCAAGUUUGUUGAUGUUUUUCGUCUCGCUAGUCGCAACUCGACUCUGAAUUUUCGUUUUACUCUAAAAAAAAAAAACUCAAAGCUUGCUUUUUCUUUUCAAAAUUUUCUCGCAAAGAAGCAAAGUGGUUUUAAUGAUUUAGAUAGUUUGAUUUAUAACCAAAUCCAAUCCGUUCUUAAAUUGCAAAAAAAUCCACACAUAAAUACAUACCAACAAUGGACCUGCCUCGACCACCACCCGAUCAAGACCUUCGUAACAUUAUCGACAAACUCGCUCAGUUUGUCGCGAGAAAUGGUCACGAAUUUGAAAACAUGACCAAAAACAAGCAAAAAGACAACCCGAAAUUUGCAUUUCUCUUUGGGGGAGAAUAUUUUAAUUAUUACCAAUAUAAAGUUACAACAGAGCAAGCAAUUUUGAAGCAAAGAGGAGGAGGCCUUCCGCCUGGAAUGAACAAGCCGCCUCCCCUGAUGCAGCAGCGGCCGAUGCUGCACCACCCUCCGCCCACGCACAUGCCCCCAGGGCCAGCUCCUCAGACGCCGUCCUCACCCUGGAUGCCACCCAUGGGCAACUCAAACUUGAUGUCGCAGCCUCCGCCGCAAAUGCAGCACCACAUGGGCAUGCCACCCUCACACCCUCAGGCCCCUCCUAUGCUGCCUCCACAGGUGCACGUGGCGCCCCCUCCCUCCAUCAUGCCCCUUGGGGUCCAACCGCCACCCCACGCAGUUGUACCGCCAGUCGGACCUUCGAUCGAGUCCAUCGUUGCCCAGCAGCAGAAACUGCAGGAGCAAAUUCAGCAGAGCGAACAGAAUCUGACCGCCCAACAGCAGGCAAUGGCACAAAGGCAGCAAACACAGGCAGAGGAAGCAAUUCGGCAGGCGCAGGAGGAGAAAUUGUGCAUCAUGGCUGAGGAAGUGGGAAUUGACUGCUCCGAGUUGAAUUCCUUGCUCCAGCCAAUAAUCAACUCGUGCACCAAAGACGCCAUAUCUCAGGGGAAAGGAUGGAUUCUUCACAAAUCCCAAGCCAACGUUAGGGCCAAUGCGGUCAUUGCACUGCAACUCUUGCUCAAGUACUUUUCCUUGCUCAUUCCGUCAUUGUUAUGCAACCCCUUUAUUAUUAUUUUCAGAUCAACAGAACCCAAUGCACCGUUCAAUCAGAAGCUGCACAUUAUUUACCUCAUCAAUGAUGUCCUUCACCAUUGUGUUCGCAAAAAUGCUGAUGAUUUGAGAAAAGACCUGGAAAAGGUUGUAGUGCCAAUGUUCUCCAACGCCAGUAUGAACGUCAAUGAAGAACAGCUAGCUAAGCUCAACAAGCUUGUUGCUUUAUGGGAAAGCAAAAAUAAUUAUUUUGACGUGAGCAUCAUCGAGCAACUGAAAAACCCGCAGCAAUCAUUUUCAAACUAUCGAGCAUCUCUGGUUGCCGAAUUUUCUGGCAUUCUCAAUCCAAUCACUGUGCAACUCCAGACGACUUUCGAGGGCUACCGCACUCAACACCAGGCAUUUGUCACCCACGCCACUCAGCAAAUUCAAACUUUAGAGCAGCAAAAAGUUCAACUUGAGCAACAACAGCAAGCGGCCUUGACUGCGAGUCAAAUGCCUGUUGCUCCAGAGUGCAGAGACCCAAGGAUGAUGAAUGUUCCUCCUCAAGACAUUAUUUUCUCUCAACCACCACCUGGCUAUGUGCCCAUAAACAUUCCCCCUCCAGGGCUCCCAGACCUAAGCAAACCUCCGCCUGGUUUUCCUCCACAAGCCCCUCAACCAGAGCCUUGCCGCCCCGAGGAGCUCCUGCCAAGCGUCCCUUACUUCGAACUUCCAGCCGGCUUGAUGGUUUCACUAGUAAAGUUGGAGGAUUCUUCUUACAAGCCACUGGACCCGAAUGACAUUCGACUGCCUCCGCCUGCACCUCCGAGCGAGAGACUUGUUGCAGCCGUUGAGGCAUUUUACAGUCCUCCUAGCCACGAGAGACCACGAGACAGUGAGGGUUGGGAAAAACUCGGCUUGUACGAGUAUUAUCGAGCAAAGCUUACAGCUCAAAGGGCAAAAGAAGAUGAAAUCAGUAUGGGAGUUCGUGAAAUGUCAAGGUCUCCCAGUCCCAUUAUUAGAGAGAGGUCAAAGAGUAGGUCGCCCCCCAGAAGGAGAUAUCAAAGUCCUCCUCCAAACAAUGGCCAGCAGCCCACUGAGAUAAAGAAAGAGCCUCAAGAGCAUAGACGAAGAAGUCCCUCAUCAACGAGAAGUAGAAGAUCAAGGUCGAGGGAAAGGUCUGCCAGUCCAAAUCGAUCAGGAAGCCGCGAACGCAGCAUCACGCCACCGUCAUUUUUCGGAUCUGCUUAUGGAGGAUCAAAACAAGACCAAAGUCUAGACGAAAACAACAAAGGCCAUCAGCUGCUGAAGAAAAUGGGCUGGGGUGGGGCUGGACUCGGCGCUAUGGAGCAGGGUAUUGAGCAGCCCAUUUCGGGAGGAGAGGUCCGUGACAGGGUAGACCAGUACAAAGGCAUUGGUAUUAACCUGAACGACCCCUACGAAAACUUCCGCAAAUCCAAGGCGCAGUCUUUUAUAACAAGGAUGAAGGCGCGGGCAGCAGAAGAAAGUACAUAAAUUGUCAUUUUUUUAAUUGUAUUAAAUUGUGUGUAUUAAAAA